AAUUUAACUACCAGCCCGACCCACACAAAACACUUACCUGCGCUUCUCGGUGACUUACGCAAAUCGGCUAAUGUUCGAUUGCCGAUUGAAGCCCUGCGAACUACUAAGUGAGCCUGCGACGAGGAUGAAGGAGCUGGCAGCUGCAAAGACGGCGGAGUGAACCUGCGUCCUGCGAGGAAGACGUGAACCGCGCCGCCUGCAUCGUCCGCCAGACCGCCACCCCACCCACCUGCCCACCUGCGUCGUCCGCCUCUGCGAGUCUGCUGACUGCGGGCUGCGGCUCUGCGCUUCCCUCCAGGCUCCAGCCUCCAGCCUCCAGCCGCUCCAGUGUAUCAGAAGUUCUGGGCCUGUGGACUGUUUUUCGACUGGGAAAAAAGGAGACGACGUGUCGCAAAAUCACACCUGGGGGGCAAGAGGACGACUAUAGGGACAAUUCUUUUUCUGGCUAAGCGAGUGAAGUCGGCUAGCACUCCCUAGCGCCAGGACGCGCGGAGACUUAGCGACGCUGUGACAAUUAGGUGGUAGAUCCGCAGAUCCGCCACAGCCUGUGCCCACCUUGUCCCUGUGACGCAUGCAAUUUGAAAACCGGGGCUUCCUAGGUGAUCAGUUACACACAAGUUUGGAAUAUGGGAAAAGCUUCAAGGGAUAAAAGGGACAUUUACUAUCGGAAAGCUAAAGAAGAAGGGUGGCGUGCAAGGAGUGCCUUUAAACUCCUUCAGAUUGAUGACGAGUUUAACAUAUUUGAAGGAGUUAAACAUGUUGUGGAUUUGUGUGCAGCUCCUGGCAGCUGGAGUCAGGUUUUGAGCCGGAAGUUGUAUCUCCCAGCAAAACUCUCCCAAGAUUCAAUAGACAACGAUCUACCACUUAUUGUAGCCAUUGAUUUGCAGCCUAUGGCUCCAAUUGAAGGUGUUAUUCAAGUACAAGGUGAUAUAACAAAUGCUAGAACAGCUGAAGUGGUGAUUAGACAUUUUGAUGGAUGCAAAGCUGACCUGGUUGUCUGUGAUGGUGCACCUGACGUUACUGGACUCCAUGAUAUGGAUGAAUUUGUUCAGUCCCAACUUAUAUUGGCUGGUUUGACCAUAGUUACUCACAUACUAAAACAAGGCGGAAAGUUCAUAGCCAAAAUUUUUCGAGGAAAAGAUACAAGCCUUCUUUAUUGUCAGCUCAAACUUUUUUUCACUGAAGUUACUUUUGCUAAGCCCAAAAGCAGUCGCAAUUCAAGUAUUGAAGCAUUUGCAGUCUGUGAGAACUAUUCUCCACCUGAAGGAUUUAACGAGAAAGAUUUGUAUCGCCUUCUUGAAAAGGUUGGGAGUCCAUCUGGCAUGGAAGAUUUAGAUUGUAGUAGUGGAUGGCUGGAAGGACCAAACAAGGUGUAUAUACCAUUUUUGGCUUGCGGAGACCUCAGUGGGUAUGACUCAGACCGAUCAUAUCCCCUCUCCAGGAAUGCAGAUGGAAGUUAUCAGAGUUUAGAUCCUGUACAGCCUCCAAUUGCUCCUCCCUACAAGAGGGCUCUUGAAAUGAAGAAAGCUCAAAGUCAGGGUGUCUUGGAACUUGAUAGGCUUUCCCUUGGCACGUAAGCAUUGUUUGCGCAAAUAGUUAUUUCAGAUUUUGAUCACUGGACUUGGGCGUGUGAUUGGUGAUUAUUGACUUGUUGGGUAUUGUUUGUAUCUUGAACGAACAAUAGAGAAUGUUUGAUAACAGCUUACUCAUUAUAACUAGGGGAUCUAUGAACUUUUGUCAAUUUAUGCGCAUUCAUGAGUUGCCCCUCCCCCCAAAAAAUAUAUAGAACCUUAACCUUUUAC